AGCUCGCGUCACGUGGCCGACCUUUGGCACCGCCCGGCCGCCGUAGCCGUCUGGGAGCACAAAGAUGGCGGCGCCCGAGAGUGAUGGGGAAGAAGAUUUGGUCAGCUAUGGGAAGCCCCUGGAGCCGUACGAAGAGGGUGAACGUCCCAAGAAGCCAAUUCCUCUACAAGAUCAGACAGUGCGAGAUGAGAAAGGGAGGUAUAAACGUUUCCAUGGAGCCUUCAUGGGGGGAUUUUCUGCCGGAUACUUCAACACCGUGGGCUCUAAGGAAGGCUGGACGCCGUCCACCUUCGUGUCCUCUCGCCAAGACAAGUCUGAAAGACAAGGCAGCAGGCCGGAGGAUUUCAUGGAUGAUGAGGAUCUUGGUGAAUUCGGGAUCGCACCAAAGGAGAUCAUGCCUACAGAUGACUUUGCUUCGAAAACCAAAGACAAAGUUCGGGAAAAGGCCAGAGAGCUCGCGUCAGUCACCGCACCUAUCCCCGGAGCUACCAUCCUGGAGGAUUUAAUAGCUCCUGCAAAGAUCACCAUCGGGGUGCAGUUAUUGCGGCAGAUGGGCUGGAAGGAGGGGCAAGGAGUGGGUCCUAGGACAAAGAGGGCUGCGCGGAAACAGAAGUCUGGUGGCGGUAUGAAGAUGUACGGCUGUGCGCAGCUCCCUGCCGGCUCGGAGGAAUCGGAGGAUGAAGAAGAGGAGUAUAUGCCGGAGAACGUAACGUUUGCGCCCAAAGAUGUGAUUCCCGUAGACUUCUCCGUGAAGGACAAUGUGCAUGGUCUUGGUUACCGGGGGCUGGAUCCUCAUCGGGCAUUGUUUGGCAAUACGGCCUCCCAUAUUAAUCUGUUCGGUGAUGCCUCUGACAGGACAAGCAAUAUACUUGGUGAUGUACGGCACAGCAAAGGGAGGAAGGUCGGGAUCUCCGGCCAAGCGUUUGGUGUGGGAGCCAUGGAGGAUGACGAUGAUGAUAUAUACGGCACAGACUCUUUGUCUAAGUACGAUACCGUCCUGCGAGAGGAGGAGAGCGGAGACGGACUGUUUGGAUGGACGGCACCAAAAGAAUAUAAAAACAAGAAAGCAUCUUCCAAAGAACUUCAGUAUAUUGGUAAAAUGCUGGACGGCUUCUCGCUGGCAGCAGAAUCCCCUCCAUGUAAAAAGAUUUACCCACCCCCUGAGCUGCCAAGGGACUAUCGGCCGGUUCACUACUUCAGACCGGUACUGGCUGCCAGCAGUCAGGGCUCUGCCACCUUGCAGGCCAUGCUGGACCGCUCGCAGAAACCCCCGGCUGUACCUAAUGAGCAGGCGCCGAGCAGACACCAGCUUAGUUCUUCCCGGAGACGGGACCUGCUGGGAGAGGCAGCGCUGCAAGGACCUACGUCGGUGCUGGAACUUCUCUCUGAUAAAGACCGGGAGCGGAUCAGGGACGUGAAGCAAACUCUGGAAGUAGAGAAGGUUAAAGCGCAGAAACUCGCCCAGGAAGCUUUGAAGAACCGUUUCCAGGCGGCCUCAGCUGAGGAAACCCAAACCAGGAUUCAGAAUGACCUGCUGGACAGGCAGCUGGUUCCGAUGGAUGCUGAAGAGUUCCGUCCAUUCGAGAAAAAUCCUGAAAAACAAAAAAGAUAUGAAAGUUAUAUCCGAAACCUCCACAAGGGACAAAAAGAUGCUCUGGAGAAUUGCGUAGACCCCAACAUGACGGAAUGGGAAUGCUCCCGCGAGCGCGAGGAGUUCAUGCGAUCCGCUAUGUUGUACAAACCCUCCAACUCAUCUCUCUCCUCCCGGUUCACGCGGGGCAAACACGAAGAUGAUUCAGGCAAAGUCGAAGUUCCAAGGGAUCAAGAGGGCGAUCUGGAUGACAAGGCUGCCGCAGUGAAAAUGAAAAUGUUUGGAAAACUGACCAGAGAUAAAUUUGAGUGGCACCCGGACAAACUGCUGUGUAAACGGUUUAACAUCCCAGAUCCUUAUCCCGGGUCAUCUGCUAUUGGGCUUCCAAAAGUGAAACGGGACAAGUUUUCUGUGUUCAACUUCCUGACUGUUCCUGAGACACAAAAACCUGCAGUUGUGGCCCCACCAAGACCGUCCUCUGACAUUAAGCCUAAGAAAUCCUCCCGGUGGGACGUGCCGGCUGCCGAGGAGAAGGAUUCGCUCUCUCAGUUUCUGAGCCAGGCUCGCAGCAGCGUAAAGGAGGAACCUGACCCACCAGAGAAGGAUUCGCGGCCUCAUGGGGGCGCUGCUGUCCCAACCCAGGUUCCCACAGAGCUGGAGCCAGAAGAGGAAGAAAAGAGGCCUCCGAUAGACUUAUUUAAAGCGAUCUUUGCAGAUUCGUCAGAUGAGAAAUCCUCCUCGUCAGAAGAGGAAAGUGAUGAGGAUGAAGGCCCUGCUCCGGAGACGGCCGCUGUGACCAGCCAGCAGGAGACGGCCGCUGUGACCAGCCAGCAGGAGACGGCCGCUGUGACCAGCCAGCAGGAGACGGCCGGUGUAACCAGCCAGCAGGAGACGGCCGCCUCCUCUGCGGUACAAGGUGACUGGGGCUUUGAACCUGCACCGGUGCUAAAUCCACAUGUUCCUCGUGUCCUUCCUGCGGUGACAGAGAACCUAGAGGAGAUGGACUCUGAGGCAUUUGGUCCUAAGCUGCCGCCAGCCCUUCCCUCAGGUGACCCUCGGAUGUCGGGUAGUUUUCCCUCAGGGAGUCUGGAUGAGAACGCUAAGAAACAGAAGCAUAAGAAGCAUAAAGAAAAACACAGAGGGAAGAAAGAGCAUAAACAUAAGAAGGAAAAGAAGAAAAAACACAAGAAGCAGAAACACAAAAAUAAACACAAAAGUAAGAAAACAGACGUCAGCAGCGCAGAGUCUGAUAGCAGCGCCAGUCACAGCGACACGGAGCCGACUGCCGAGAUCACGCCAAGGGAGCUCUUGAAGAGGUUGAAAAAUCUCCCAAUUCCUCGUUAACAGUGAUGAGGAAACAGUCGGCUAAUCUGCCAAGCAACGACCCACGCGUUUCUCCUCCUCCAGUGACGAUAUAGCAAGCUUUGCUGUAAAUAUAUUUAUGUACAACAUGAUUAAAGUGCUGUAAAUUUGUAUAUUGUAAGGAACUACGUUUUAUUACAGAAAAUUAUGCUGUGUCAUCGCUGGGGGGGUGUGUGAGUUUUUUUCUAUAGGCUGGACGCCGCGUUCCAACUGCAUUGUUCUCAGCUGUGCGAUUAUGCAUUGCACGUCGUUAGAAGAUAGGAUACGGCACCGCAGGUUCGUCAGGGAUAUUGCGCCAAUGUCAAAAAAUAAGUUUUUAAUUUUUAUAGAUUAAAUGAAUUCAAAACAUUCAAAGGAUCAUCUGUAAUAUAUUGAGUUUACAUUUGGUUUAAGCAAGAGCAAGAUGGAUUGUUAUAAAAGGAUCAAUGAAAAACUGUUGCCCCGUAGUACAGGUUGAGUAUCCCUUAUCCAAAAUGCUUGGGACCAGAGGUAUUUUGGAUAUCGGAUUUUUCCGUAUUUUGGAAUAAUUUCAUACCAUAAUGAGAUAUCAUGGUGUUGGUACCUAAAUGUAAGCACAGAAUGCAUUUAUGUUCCAUAUACACCUUAUACACACAGCCUGAAGGUCAUUUUAGCCAAUAUUUUUUAUAACUUUGUGCAUUAAACAAAAUGUGUCUACAUUCACACAAUUCAUUUAUGUUUAAUAUACACCUUAUACACACAGUCUGAAGGUCAUUUAAUACAAUAUUUUUAAUGUGUAUUAAACAAAGUUUGUGUACAUUGAGCCAUCAGAAAACAAAAGUUUCACUAUAUCACUCUCGCUCAAAAAAGUCUGUAUUUCGGAAUAUUCCGUAUAUCGGAUAUUUGGAUAUGGGAUACUCAACCUGUAUAAUCCUGUAGCGGCUGUAUACUGUUGGUACACAGCAGCAAUUGUGGCACUAACAGUAAGAGAUACAUCUGAUUAUCUGAACGCCUGCUCUCCCCCUACCCUUCCCUUCCUUUACCCCUGACCCUUCACCUUUCCGUGGAUUAUUUAAGAUUGAAAUGGGAAUUCCAUAGAAGGUUGGGGUUUUUUUUAUUUUUUUUUAUUUCAUUCAACUGGGCUUUCAUACUUCUGCAAUGUCCGCCAGCCAAGAUUACUUACAUAAUUUGUGGGGCAUCGCGUUUAGAGUAGGCACGGCCAUUUAAAGGGUUCGCCAUCUUUGGUUGGAGACCAGGGACAGUUUACACCAGAACUGGCCAACCUGUGGCUCUCCAGCUGUUGUAAAACUACAAGUCCCAGCAUUGUCUGCCCCGUUUCAGCAUUCCCAACAACAAAACUCUAGCAGGGCAUGCUGGGACUUGUGCGUCUGUAUAUUUUCACAAAUCUAAAACCUGCAGGACCUAUAAAUAGAUGACACUGAAGGAGCUGCCUCUUUAUUUUUAAAGAGUACAGCCACCUUUUAUUAAUAUCCGUAAUAAAUCUUAUAUUUCUCCAA